CUGCGUUCAGUACGAUUUCGUUCGUGCGGCGGGCAACUCGUGCAAAUGCGAAAAUAAAUAACAAACGCGGCGGCAUUAUCAGUGAUCGACAGUACAGCGAUCGGCGGAUCGGCGCAAAGCGCGCGUAAAUAGAGAAGAAUAUAAGUCAAGAGGAUUGAUAAAAAGCGUACAGAAAGCGAAUGACGUGAAAAGUGUGAGUGUGGGGGCGUUGUGUAAAAUGAAAGAUUAAAAAGUUCAGAGAAAAGCGCUUACGGCGGGAGCAAAUCACAUAACCGUAACGGUAACAGUUUUGACAGGAAAAACGCAGGAAAAAGUCACAAAAGCAGCGCCACAAAUCCCAGCUAAAAAUAGUCCGCAGAGAGAUAAAAAAUCACUCUGACAUUUUUGUUUGUGGCUUCGUUCGCUUUUUUACAACAAACUCACGUGUCUAACGACACUUUGACAACAGAGAUACAAAUCUGUUUGGGAAGCUGAGCACGUGACCACCAAUUAAUGAAUGAGACAGCACCAGAGAAGAUAGAGCGAGAGAGGGAUAGGGGAGAGUGCGAGCGAGAUAAGUGAUAACGUCGCGAAGAAAGAAAUCCCGAAUCUUAUGCAAAUCGAGCGAGAAAAAGUGAAACGCAAAAUAUCAAGUUUAAAAGUCAAGAGUCACAAACGAAAUUAAAUAAACAAUGCUUUAAAAGUUCAAAGCUUCAAAACACAAAUGUUAAUUGUGGAGCAAAUUAAAAGCAGAGCUAUACAAUUACACGUUUAGCAAACGGAAAUAAAUUAAAUCCAUAUAUAAGGUGAAAAGACGUGGAAUAUCGGUCACACCUCCUAACAAGUUAAUAAUAUGUAUCAUGCACUACAUACAUAAUAAUCCUUAAAAGUAAACACUUAACAAAAUAAAUAAAAAAACAAAAGCAAUACAAUUACAUCUACUUCGACUUUUUCUAAACGAAAGACAAAUUGACAACACAAUUAGUGUCACUUUACUUAGUUAGUCGGGCAACAAUCAACGGGGAAAAAACAAAAAGCAGCCAGCAGUGCGAAAGAGACAGAAGCGGAUCGCCAGAGAGAGAGGGCAAAUCGAAUCGGUUGACGACGGCGGAGGUUUGACAAUAUGUUGAGCCCCCAUAAUGAAGGAAAUUGAUACGGAGACAACAGUAGUAUGGCCAGCCUGGUGUUAUUCCGGUAACGCACCCACCGACAUACUGCAGCAGAAGCCAGCCAAGGCCACCACCGCCAUUGUGGGCGGUCGCAGCGCAGCCCAACCGGCGAACCACGAGGACCAGCAAGCGGCCACAACGUCCACGUCCGCCAAGACAGCCACCAAGCGGAAGCAUCUCGAGCGGCUGGCCAGCGAUCUGCAGCGGCAGCUGGGUCAAAAGGGCACGUGCAGCAGGAGCAGCGGGAGCAUCAGGAGUCGCUCGGUUAGCCCCUGUAGAUUCCCCACCGUUGCGGAAACGGCCAAAAUGCUUAGUGAGCGAUCGCUGCUGCUCAGCGGUUAUGGGGCCAUCGAGAGCAGUGCCAAGAAGCUAAGCGAAGCGGCCACCGGUGGAGCGGGUGGUGUUGGAGGUGGUGCGGCUAGUCAGGCCGCCACGCCCACGCCCACCGCCCAUCUGGGAGCACCGGCCUCCUCAGCCUCCUCCUCCUCAUCGUCGUCCUGCUCCACCGCAACCACGGCGUGCACCACCAAUGCAAAUACCGCAUCGAUGGCUGCUGCCUAUGCCGCUCUGUAUUUGGAAAAGGUCAAGCAUGAGAAGUUGUCGCCGCUGCAGAUGGACAAUCAUAAGGAUGCGCCGAUGGUCACCAUACACAAUAACAACAACAACAACACCAUCAACAACAACAACAGCAGUGGCAACAGCAACAGCAUUAGCAACCAUCAAUCGAGUCAGCAACAACAGCAGCAGCAGCAGCAUCUGGGCCACAGCGUCAAAAGGGAGCGGCUCAGUCCAGGGAGCAACAGCAGCAGCCACAACGGCGAACUCACCGUCAGCUCAUUUGCCAGAUCUCGCAGCGCCACGCCCUCCUCGUCAUCGUUUCGAGGCGGUGGUGUCUCACCCAGCCAGCAACAGCAACAACAACACUCCCAGCAGCAACAACGCUUAAGUCCGCCCAGUGGCCCAUCAACGGCAACAACAACCACUUCAACAUCAGCAGCAGCAUCCGCCACACACAUGCCGCUGCACAAUUUGUCAACGAAUUUGCUAAAUAGCAUUCAGCAGGCCGCCAGUCAGCAGCAUCGCAGCAACAGCAACAGCAGCAACAUCAGCGGCAGCAGCAACGCCGCAAAAACAGAGGGCGGUGCCGCAUCGAAUGCCACGGAUUUCUCCACCCGCAACUAUUCGGACAUUAUGCGAUGCCUGGCGGCCAAGUACAACAACACAAAUCCCAAUGACAACAAUGCAACACGUCGCAAUUCCUACUACGACAGCAGCAACAGUGGCAGCACUUCGACGACAACAGCCACUGGAGGAGGCGGAGGAGCAGCUGGUGCCGCAACCUCUGGCAACCCAGGCACCUCCCUCAAGUCCGCCAGCGGCACCACCGGCAACAGUUGCACCACCGCCACUGCCAAGAAGCUCUCACCAUCGGCCACCUCAGUUGCGAAUGCGGCUGCCGUCAGCCUGCCCAAGGAGACCAAAGUGAGUGGGGCCGGUGGUGCAGGUGUGGGUGGUGCCUCGGCCACUGGCGGUGGCUCGUCCCUCUCGCAGCUGGGCCCACCGCCCGCCGCCCCCUCGCCCACGGAGCAGGCCAAGAGCCAAAUGGCCGCCGUGGUGGCAGCAGCGAGUGUCUCGCCGUUUAUGACCAACUUUCUGCCCUUCUCGUCCGGCAUUUUUCCGCCGCUGAUAGACAUGAGCAGCACCCAGGCGCUACUGACCCUGGCGCGUGCUGUCAAAGAUGCCGAAAUCCAGGAGAUUCUGCGCACCAAGCAGCAGCGCUCCGGUUCGAAUGCAUCGUCGCCGAGUGCGAGUGCGGCGGGCACGCCACGUUCCAGUUCCACUCUGAAUGCCGCACUGCAUCAGGCUGCCCAAUUUGUUACACCCGCUCUGAUCUACUCGGCCCAGCUGCAACAGCAGCAGCAACAGCAGCAGCAGCAGCAGCAGCAACAUCAACGGCAGCAACAUCACGCUUCGCGGCAGUCUAGUCCACGUUCCACCAACGAUUCCUCGACGGUGGCGCCCAUCGGUGGUGGCUCCUCGAUUGCGUCGGCGGCGCCAUUGGAUUUGAGCUCCCAGCCGCCGGCCGCCAAGCGUUUUAAGGCCGAGCGUCGUGCCAGCUCCACCGCAACGACGGCAACAACAGCGACCACGGGCUCAUCCACAUCCACGUCCACACCAUCCCCGCCACCGUUGCCGCUGGAGCAGCACGACGAUAUCAAUUCUGGUAACGCCAACGCGGGCAUAGGCACGGGUUUGGACGCGGGCGGGGGAACAGGAACGGGAGGAGAGAGUUCGGGAUCGGGAUCAGGAGCCGGAACAGGAGUUGGCAAGGCCCGACGACGGUGUCAGGCGCAGAGCGAGGAGGUUAACUCCUGGUCGGUGGACGAUGUGUGCGGCUUUGUGGGCGGAAUUGAUAUAUGCGCCGAAUACGUUCAGUCGUUUCGUGAUCAGUCCAUCGAUGGCACUGGCCUGCCGCUCUUAACCGAAGACCACUUGGUUAACUCGCUGGGCAUGAAGCUGGGGCCGGCUCUCAAGCUGCGCUCCAUAUUGGCGAAGAAAUUGGGCGGGCCGUGCCCGUGUGUUGCAUGCGUUGCGCAGGCGCAACAAAUGCUGGCACUGCAAACGGGUGGGGCAGCACCAGGAGCAGCAGCAACACCAGCAGCAACGGCAGCAGCAGCAGCAGCAACAACAGCAGCAGCAGGAGCAGCCGCAACUAGUUGCAGCAUCAAGUCGGAGAUCUUUAAUGGCGGCAGCAACGGCAGCAGCAGCAGCAGCAACAGCAACAGCAAUCAGGGCAGCGAUAUGGCCGGUCCACCAGCAACAGCCAGUUCGCCCAACAGCAACAUGUUGCUGCCAGUGUUGCCGUGCAGCGGACUGCACGACGCCAGCUAGUUAUCAGCGGACCCCAUAAAUAUUUAUGCUAAAUGAAUUGCAUUUCAACUGCAAAAUUGCUGUACCAAAUGAGCUUUCAAAAAACAAAAAAUCACACACACAAACACACAAGCAAAUCGGAUUGGAGACAAUACCUAUUGUAUAAAUUAAACAAUAAUUAUGUAAUUUAAUGGCUAGCUAAAGUUGUAAACUUUAAGUGACAACAACAAUAAUCGCAAAGUCUUCCAUUUGCACAUACACAAAUCAUAUUUGUAUAACAUUAAUCAAUUUAUUAGUCAAUUUAAUGAGAGAGUUUUCGUUUACGUACUUAAGUGCAAAGCGCAAUUUGCAUUGAUUUUAUUUAUUUCUAUGACUUUUUUCGUUUUUAACUGCUAGUCAGUAAAUAUAUAUUUAAUAGAAUUCCGCGAAAUGUGAAGCAAACUUAAAAAUUCAAUUUUAUUGUUUUGCAAAUCGAAGUAAAAGGCUAUUUAUUUUUAUAUAUCCUACGAUACGGCAGAAUUGUUGAACCCCCAAUGCUUUGUUCAGAUUUUAUUAAUUUAUGUUUACAUUUUCCGCGGCCAUUGCACAAAGGAAUUCAAAAUUCAACUUUAAGAACUAUGCAUCCUUUUAAGAGCUCCAAGACUUGAAACACACACACACACACCAUACACAAAUGAAAACAACAAGAAACAAGCAAAUAGAAAACGUAUUUUUUAGCUCCAUUGUACAUAUUGUUUAUUUAAUUAGUUGUAAGACAUUUAGAGAGACACAAAAACAUUUUCUAACACCUAGGCGGUAUGCAAUGAACUUAAAGAAGCAGUAGCAUAUUUCUACGAAAUAGGAAUGAAAAUGAACUUGAUUUAUUAUAUACAUUUAAUGAACUAUAGCUAUUUUUCACAAGCUGAAGCAAAUAAAUUAUACCAGUUAUCAUACAAACAAAAACUAGUCUCGC